AUGUUCCGCCGCAGGGGUAACUCCCAUCACGAUCAGGACACCGAUGAGGAGGAACGUGACAGCAAGGUCAACGAGCUUAAAGCUGCCCUGGGACCACUUUCUGGACGCAGCUUGCAGUACUGCACUGAUGCGUGCUUGAAGAGAUAUUUGGUAGCCAGGAACUGGAAUGUAGAGAAGUCGAAAAAGAUGUUGGAAGAGACACUGAGAUGGAGAUCGACAUAUAAACCUGAAGAGAUCCGCUGGCAUGAAGUUGCAAUUGAAGGUGAGACUGGGAAGGUAUACAGAGCUAAUUUUCACGAUCGUUAUGGAAGGACUGUUCUUAUACUGAGACCGGGAAUGCAGAAUACGUCGUCACUAGAUAACCAGAUGAGACACCUGGUGUAUCUUAUAGAAAAUGCCAUUCUUAAUCUUCCCGAAGGUCAAGAACAGAUGGCAUGGUUAAUUGAUUUUACAGGAUGGUCUUUAAGCAACCAUGUCCCCAUCAAAUCUGCUCGAGAAACUAGCAAUAUAUUGCAAAACCAUUACCCUGAGAGACUAGCCAUUGCAUUUUUGUACAGCCCUCCACGCAUAUUCGAAGCAUUCUGGAAGGUUGUGAGGUACUUUUUGGAUCCGAAAACCUUCCAGAAGGUGAAAUUUGUGUACCCGAAGAAUAAAGACAGUGUGGAGCUGAUGGGUUCCUAUUUUGAUUCUGACAAUCUCCCGACUGAGUUUGGCGGAAAAGCCACGCUGCAGUAUAAUCACGAGGAGUUCUCCAGGCAAAUGGCACAGGAUGAUGUGAAAGCUGCUAAGUUAUGGGGUUUCGAUGAGCACCAACCUAAUGACCGUGCGGGAGCCGAGGUGGCUCCAGAACCCUAG